UACCAUCUCAAUGGAUCUGGAUUUCGGAUUCAGGUAACAAAAAAGAGAAUAUAUAACACCCAAACAGUUGGGUCACUCUAUAAUACUUUGAGGUAACAAACAGAAGUUGAGUGGUUAGAAACGAGGAGCUGUGCUGCUCAUCAUCUACUUUCCUCCUCUACAGAAAUGGCUUCAGAUUCGAAAGUUUAUCACUUCGAUGAGGUGGCACAGCACAAGUACAAGAAAGAUUGCUGGAUUAUAAUCUCUGGAAAGGUCUAUGAUGUCACUCCUUUUCUGGAGGAACACCCUGGAGGUGAUGAAGUCUUGCUAUUAGCAGCUGAUAGAGAUGCAACUGAUGAUUUUAAUGAUGUCGGCCACAGCGAUUCUGCAAAGGAGAUGAUGGAAAAGUACUACGUUGGCGAGGUUGACACAUCCACAAUACCAGAGCAGCCAAAUUACAAGCUGCCUGCAAAAGCAACCGUCCCUCAAGACCAAUCUUCUGGUUUUGUGGUAAAGCUUCUACAGUUUCUGCUGCCCUUGUUGAUACUGGGGGCUGCAUUUGCUCUGCAAUACUAUAGUAAAAGUAAGUAAUUCAGUUGUCCAUUCACACAGAACGUAAAGUUAUUUGAGACCAAGAAUGUCUAUCACUGAAGUGAUGAUAACGGAGGUCUUAUUGGUACUUUUCAUUUAAAUCUUGUACCGGAGUUCUCAUUGGUACUUCACAUUUACAUCUUGUACUACCCUUUUCAUAUAUUUGUAUGUGGGCUUGGAAUCUAUUGACUCGGGGAUGCAUAUUAAAAAGAUUUUCCUUUUCUCAGCAAUA